CAUCAACCACAAUGGGGCGCCCAAAUGGCCCGACAGAAGACAAAAAAGACGGCAUCAUUCACUGGCGCUGGACCCGCUGAGAAUAGAAACCAUGCUGAGCGAACCAGCAGCCAACAUAAUCUGACCACUGGCGUGUCGGGAUGCGCGCUGCAAGUGCAACAAAGCGCAGAGGAUACAAAUGCUGCGAGACAGAAACGUAAACUUGACGAGACGGUCUCUGAAACUCUGAAUUCUCAAGAGAAUAUUGAUGACAAUGUAGCCCCCGUGGAAGAAGAAUCUGCACAAAGCAAGAUCGCGGGUUCAAUGAGCGCGACAAAGCAGCCCGGCAAGAGGCGCAAAUCGGCGGCGAGCUCUGAAAGGCAGCAACAACCGCGGAAGCCAUCCCCUCCAUGGCCAGAUCAUUUCAAACACUUAUCUCGGACCCACCGGGCCUUGAAUCUAAUCUACACCUUCUGCUGCACGCGGAAACACUUCGCGACGACAUUCGACAAUAUCAAGAAGGCUGUACAAGCGCAGACAGGGACAGAACUUACAAUCGAGGAUAUUGCGCGAGUACGUGUCCUUAUACCGCGGGCUGUGAGAUUCGAGUAUGUGAAUGAGGCGAGGCUGGAUGUUUUGAGUGCUGGAGAGAGAGAGGUCAAGGGGUGGGGCGGGGCCAUCGAUAAUGGAAAUGGAGAUGAAAUGAAUGGUGAGGCGGAUGCGAAAUUAGACGGCGUCAUGUACGCGUUGUUAUUCGAGUUUCUGGAUGGAGACUUGAAGAAGGAGAAGAAAAGUCUUACUUCAGGGACCAGAGACAAAGACGAGGAUCUGAGGAUGCCGGUUUACAGCCAGAAGCAGAUGCUGGGUCUGAUUGAGAAGCGGAAUGGAAAGUUCGCAGACGCAGUUGAUGCGUUUCUUGUCAGGUGCGAGGAUGAAGGGGUUGACGCUGUCGAGCGGCUGGAAAGAGAGAAGGAUGGAUUUAUCCCUGUUCUUCCUGACAUUGGGUCUAAGGAAGGGCUUGCAGAUGGUCUGUCGUCGAAAGUUAGAGGGCCAAUCCCUAAGGACCGCAAGACGAUGGCGGAGAUUAUUGAAGAGAUACGCUGUCUGGACUGGUAUACAGGGCAGAUUGUACCUGAUGGACAUAGGGCAUUCGAUGCCCAGCCGGCUAUUUAUGGGGAUUUAAGAUUUGCGCUCUCGCAGGAUCUUGUCAAUGCUCUAUACAACACGAAGGGCAUAACGCGGUUCUAUUCGCAUCAAGCGGAGGCAAUAAAUCAUCUCCACGACGGGAAAAAUGUCAUUGUCUCAACAUCGACCAGCUCCGGAAAGUCGCUGAUUUACCAGGUUCCAAUGCUGCACGAACUCGAGCAGGACUCGGACAGCAGGGGCAUGUACAUAUUUCCUACGAAGGCCCUUGCGCAGGACCAGAAACGCAGUAUGCAGGAGCUGCUGCAGUAUCUGAACAGUUUACAGGGAACGAUGGUGGAAACAUUCGAUGGCGACACGCCCAUGGCGAAUCGUAAUCUUAUUCGUGAUGAAGCGCGCAUCAUCUUCACGAACCCGGAUAUGCUGCACAUUACAAUCCUUCCGCAGGAGAGCUCGUGGCGGACUUUCCUCCAGAAUCUCAAAUUUGUGGUCGUCGACGAACUUCACGUCUACAACGGACUAUUCGGAUCUCAUGUUGCGCUCAUCAUGCGUCGCCUGCGCCGGAUAUGUGCUGCUGUCGGAAACCGGCAUGUCCGAUUUAUAUCCUGCUCAGCAACGGUUGCUAACCCAGAAGAACAUAUGCGGGCAAUCUUCGGCGUCGACGAUGUGCAACUGAUUGAUUUUGACGGUUCUCCCUGCGGCCGGAAGGAGUUUCUUUGCUGGAACACGCCGUUCAAAGACCCUGGUGAUCCCACAUCUGGACGUGGCGAUAGCGUUGCCGAAGCCGCACGGCUCUUCUGUCAACUUAUUCUCCGUGGCGCGCGAGUGAUUGCCUUCUGCCGUAUCCGCAAGCUAUGCGAAGUUCUACUCCAGGCGGUCCGGAGCGAAUGCAAUCGUCUCGAGCGGCCAGAGGUCGGGAAUAUGAUAAUGGGCUACCGCGGCGGCUACAGCCCCCAGGACAGGAGAAGAAUUGAAGCGGAGAUGUUCCAGGGUCAGUUACUCGGCAUCGUGGCAACCAAUGCCCUCGAACUAGGCGUUGACAUCGGCUCCCUGGAUGCGGUCAUUACACUUGGCUUUCCGUACUCGAUUUCAAAUUUGCGCCAGCAGAGCGGCCGCGCUGGACGCAGAAACAAGGACAGCCUUUCCAUUCUUAUUGGCGAGCGCUAUCCCACAGACCAAUUCUACAUGCGAAAUCCUGAAGAGCUCUUCUCCAAACCGAACUGCGAACUGCAGGUUGAUCUCACCAACGAACUUGUCUUAGAAGGCCAUGUUCAAUGCGCUGCCUUUGAACUCCCCAUCAAGCCCGACGAUGAUCAGAUCUACUUUGGUCCCCAGCUAUCUGAAUUCGCAUCCACCCGCCUUGUCCGUGAUGCAAUGGGGUUUUACCAUUGUCAUGAGAGGUUCAGACCCCAGCCGUCACGUUGCGUCCCCAUUCGCGACACAGAAGACCAGCACUUUGCCGUCAUUGACACAACGAACGCUCGGAAUGUGGUUCUCGAAGAGGUUGAAGCCUCCCGCGCUUUCUUCACCCUUUACGAAGGUGGCAUCUUCCUUCACCAAGGCCAAACAUAUCUCGUCAAAGAACUAAACCCUGACCGCUUCUUUGCUCGUGUUGUCUGCGUCACGGUCGAUUGGAAUACUAUGCAGCGCGACUUCACAGACAUCGACCCUGUUGAGACAGAGCACAUGCGUCUCAUUACCUCAUCCUCCCCAACCAAAGCCACAAAAAUAACAGACUCCUCAAGCACCCGCUCACUGGAACGAGAAAAAGAAAGGGCGAUUCGCGCUUUCUUCGGCCCCAUUCGCAUCCACGCCAUCGUCUACGGCUUCUUCAAGAUCGACAAACGCGGGCGCGUCCUUGACGCUGUUGCCGUUGACAACCCGCCCAUCACAAUCAUGACGAAAGGGAUGUGGCUCGAUGUUCCCAAGGUUGCGCUUGAUAUACUCGAAUCCAGACGCCUGAAUAUUGCUGCUGCGAUUCAUGCAGCUGAACAUGCAAUCUUAUCUCUCCUGCCGAGUUUUGUCAUCUCGAGUCCGGGUGAUGUUAGGACGGAGUGUAAGGUUGCGAAGAAGGAAUUGGGCAAGGAUUUGCAGAAAGUUGUGAGGAGGGGUGGUGGCGUUGGUGACCAAGACAAUAUCCCCGUGCUGAAGCCCCCACACCGCCAACGACCCGCACGAUUGACAUUUUACGAUGCGAAGGGAGGCUCAUGCGGUUCCGGCAUUGCACGAAAGGCAUUCGAGUUCAUUGACUCGCUCCUGAAGCGUGCUGUCGCGCGGAUAGAGGCUUGUGCCUGCGUUACACCGAAGGGCUGCCUGGAGUGUGUGUGCGAUGAGCGAUGUAAGGAGAUGAACUCGGUUAUGAGUAAGGCUGGGGCGGGUGUAGUAUUGAGAUGUUUGCUGGGAUGGGAGGUUGAUGUUGAAGCGUUGCCUUGGGGGGAAAUUGAUCAGGAUGAUGGUGGGGAAAUGGGAGAGUUAGCCGGGGGUUUGGAGACGGUUGUUUUGGCGAGGGAAGUUCCCUAUCGAGGGUCUGAGUGA